AUGGACAUUUCGUCAGCAUUUCUACAAAUAAAAAAACCAGAAUAUUUUUCAUCAACAAAUCAUUUGGAAUGUUUUGAAGAUCUUAUUAAUAACUUUAAUAUGUCAAAAGGAAUAAAAUCCAGACUAAAGCAGUUUGACAAUGAGUUUAUGAUCAUAUUAGAACGUAUAGUUAAUGGAGUUAAAACUAAUAUGGACGAAAAUUUGAAUCCAGUUAAAGUUAAAGAGUGCCAUUCCUACUUGAUCAGAGAACUUCCAUUCCUUCUACAGCAAAUUACGAAGAAGAAAAUUGAAAAAAUAUCCAAAAAACACAGUAUAACUAUUGAGGAAAAAACAUCUAUAGCACUAAAUAGAUGGAAGUGGAAUGAGAAAAAAAAUUUUAAAUUUAAUGAAUGCUUUGAAUCUAUUAAAAACACGACCAAAAUGGCUGUGUCAGCAAUCUGCAAAAUAAUGAAAGUUGAGGACUUGAAUGAAGUAACUCCAUUAAUGCUAUGCGAAAUUGUGGAUACUGCUUAUUACGUCAACAUUAUUAACGAUACUGAUUGUUCGUUAAAUGAAACUUGCUUCCAUGUUACUGCAGCGCAUCGAAAUGUUUUAUCAUUUAAUUUAUCUGGAAAUGAAGUGCAAGUGUUGCAAAAUAAGCAAGCGAAUAUUUUUGUAAUAAAUUGUGAGCGCAUUGAGAGUGUAUAUAAUGAGAAAUUCCUUGCUAUCGAAAGCAAAUGUGACGAAAAUUAUACAGUGAUGAUGAAAUUUAUGUCCGAAAAGGCAGUAGAAAAGUUUUUGAGGAAAAAAUGCUUGGAUCAGGAAUACAAAGUUUAUACAAUUGACACAACAAUAGGAGGAAUGAUUUCGCAAUAUAACAUUCGAGUUAAUUUACAGAUGUACAAGGAUGAGAAACUUAAGGAAUGCCUAAUGUCAUUAGCAUGUAUAAUUCAAUUUUAUUUAGCCAGCAAAGAUUUGGAUUUAAUACAUGAAUUAUUUGCUAUUUUAACGAAUAAAUACAGUGAAGAGUCAUCUUGGGAUCGCGUAUUAAGGGAUGUUCAAUGUAAAACAUUUACAUAUGGAGCAGCAAAAAUAAACAUACGUUGUGAUUUUAAUGCAGAUAACUUGAUGAAUGGAAUAUUAAUAAGCAGAAACAAAAAUAAAGUGUACGCAUAUAUGAGAACAGAAUGUAAUGAACAGCUUAAAUUUUUGGCAACAAAUAAUAACGAUACUUGGUCUCUGAAGACUUAUCAGCGACAAACAUUGAACGAUAUUCUGGUGUUAAAUGGCUACUCAAUUGAUGAAAUGUUUGUAUACAACAUAACGUGCUUACAUGAGGAUUUAUUAAUUACUGGUAUAAGUGGAUUUAAAAUUUACGAGGCAGCAGAACGAGAACAAAAUAUAAAAAAAGCACCAAAACGUAAAAGAUGUCAAGUUUUUGAUGACAAUGAUAAUGAGGUGAUGAAAAUUGAAUUCACGGCUGCUAUGACAUCAGAAGAAAUCGAUAAAGAAUACUCGCAAGCAGCAGAUUUCAUAAAAAAGCACGUGCACAUUUACGGUAGUGGCUAUGAGGUAUUGAAUUAUACAGCACAUAUCCAUAAUCGAAAUAUGCAGUACUGGACAAAUUCUUUAUAUGGCCCAUUUAAGUUAGUAUCUUCAUGCAGUGAUCCUAAUAAGAGAUAUAAGUGAUUCCUCGUGUUGGUGACUUUAAUGAGUCGACAUAUUAUUUUGAAGGCAAUACAGGACAUCCUGUCUUUGAAACCCAAUUCGGGAAAAUUGCUAUUAACAUUUGCUAUGGUCGUCAUCAUGCUCAAAAUUGGAUGAUGUUUGGACUUAAUGGAGCUGAAAUUGUUUUCAAUCCAAGUGCUGAAAUUGGGGGAAGUCUAAGUGACAGAAUGUGGUUCAUUGAGGGUCGUAAUGCAGCCGUAGCCAAUUCUUUCUUCACUGUUACUGUAAUUAUCUAAUUACUGCUAAUUUGCAUAACAAAUUUA